UUUUUAAACCGUGUCUUUUGAAUUUCCCACCGCCAUUGGAGGAGGAGGGAAAAGCACAAGUUGUCAAGUACCCAAAGAUUGUUAUCGAACAUUAUCAGCUUCUAUUGUGUGCCCAGUGUCUCUUCUUCGUCAAAAUCCCAUUUUCUAUUCUCCCGAGGAAGGCAGAUCGUGAUUAUGGCGGUGGAGAGCGAGAAACCGGCAAAACGCACCACAAACCCUGGUGUUAGGGUUAUUGGAGGAAGGAUCUACGACUCCAGCAACGGGAAGACUUGUCAUCAGUGCCGGCAAAAGACCAUGGUUUUCGCUGCAUCGUGCACGGUCAUGAAGAACAACAAGCCGUGCCCAAUUAAGUACUGUCACAAGUGCUUGUUGAACAGAUAUGGUGAGAAAGCAGAAGAGGUGGCGCUAUUGGCCGAGUGGACGUGCCCGAAGUGCAGAGGAAUUUGCAAUUGCAGUUUCUGCAUGAAGAAGAGAGGUCAUCAGCCUACUGGCAUAUUGGCACACACAGCUAAAGCCACCGGAUUUUCUUCUGUCUCAGAACUUCUGCAAGUGAAGGGUCCUGAGAAUUUUUCAUAUCAGAAGCCUUUAAAGCCAGAAACUGUUGUUACCUCCCCUAGAAAGCCCGGGAAAGAAAAUUCCCUUGAAGGAAAAGGCGAUUUGCUGAAUGAAGAGACGCGUGUCAUUGUGCCCAAGAAAAUUAAUCGAGAAAGGCUUAAGGAACUAAACAAUGGGAGUGGUGAUGAAAGUGCUGCAAAGAAGAGUAGUCCCAAAAGGAUCAAGACUUCUGUGGAAGCUUGUGAGACUGUUCCGAAGAAAAAAGUUUCCGAAGAAAGAAGAGAUAGAUGUGUUGCAAAGGAUGUUGAGAACGACAACGUGAAGGGAAAGAUCAAGAAAGCUAAAGCUACCCACAAACUGAAUAAAUGUGAAAUGGAGCAUAAGAACGAGGACAGCCGGUUUGAUGCUCAACUGCCCGAAAGCAUCAGCUCAAUCUCGAUAUCCGGCAUUGAACUGCCACCAGAAGACGUUGGAAAUGUGCUCCAGUUUUUGGAAUUUUGUUCAGCUUUUGGAAAGGUUCUUGACUUAAGGAAAGGACAAGCUGAAUGUGUGAUACGUGAACUGUUAAGUGGACGUGGCAGAAGGAGACAACAGUAUUCCAUGCUAAUUCAGAUGAUUAUCCGAAUUUCACGUGUGAUAUUAGAGGAUAGAGGAGAAUUGUCCCUGUCCCUUAGCCCAACUGAUGGCAAAUGGUUCAAAGCUGUGGGAGAAUGUGUCUCAGAGCCGGAUUUGCUCGACGAUUUCCCCUCCGAGUUGUUUGGGAAAGGCAUUGCAGAGUAUGGGAAGUUGGAUACAUCGAAAAAGCUUAAGCUCUUGAACUUUUUGUGCGAUGAAGCUCUCUCCACUACGGCAAUGAGGAAUUGGAUUGACAACCAAAGUCUGGAAUCUGAUGAUAGAAAGAAAGAAGCUAAGGAAAAGGUUGCAGCAGCAAAAGAAAAGGAGAAACAACUGAAGCAGAAGUUGCAAGAUGAGGUGGCAAAAGCUGUCAUGGCGAAAUCCAGUGCUCCAUUGUCGAUUUCAGACCACGAAGCUAUCAUAUCACAAAUUAAAGCUGAAGUUAAAGAAGCUCAUGCUGAGAUGGUGGAGGCAAUGGACAUGCUGCCCAAAAAGAGGCAAAGAAGUGAUGCUGUUAGGACCGACCCUGUGAUAUUGGACGAGAAUGGCCGUGUUUUCUGGAGGUUAACGUCCUAUAACGGGGAACCAAACAUUUUGCUUCAAGAUGUUGGAACCUGGGGUGAAGUUUGUACUCAUGAAAAAUGGCUUACCUUCAAAUCUGAUCAGAAGCCAGAGAUAGAGAAGUAUCUCUCUUGUUUAAGGUUGAAACAGUGCCGUGCAAGAACUUUCGAAAACUGAGGUAAAGAAAACCCACAAUCUUUGGAUGUUACAUAGCUCGAGGGGCGAUCUUGGAGCUGAUGGAUGAUACCCAUUUUGAAGAAUAUAUCCGGUAUCUUUAGUUUUUGUAUCGAAAACCGAUAGAUUUUGGAUUCUAAAGUAUGAAUAUUCUUGGGAAGGAAAGUGAGUUUUCGGGGCGAAAAUAUGAAGAUCCUGUCAUCUUUGUUGAUGGUUCAUUAAAGAUGUAAAGAUCUAAGAUGACGAUGUCUCAAGCUCAACAAUGAAACACCAUUCUUGUUUUUGUUC